AUGGCAGACAAAAUCAAAAAGUUCUUUCAAAAGAAGAAAGCAGAUGCUAAAUUCAAAUUAGCAGGACCUGGCCACAAGUUGAGUGAAUCAACAUUUAGUCAGUCCUCGAAUUCAUCUAAAAAUGUUCCUGUUGUUAAAAGAUCAGGGUUAUCUGAGGAGAGUAAGGUGGCUGCAGAAGCAGCUUUGGCAAGGCUGCAACAAAAAAGAGAUAAUCCCGCAUUCAAUACUUCUUUAGCAGCAAUAAAAGCUCAAGUAAAAAAAGAACUAGAAAAUGAAAACGCUACUAACUCGAAUUCCUUAAUCGAAACUAAAGAAAAGGAAAAAGCCGAAUCAGAAAUAGAAGUACCUAAGAAUUUUGCUGCUUCAGGAGUUUACUUUAAAUGUCCAAUUAUAAGUAAUGAUGUUCUCCCCCGAGAUGAAUGGAAAAGGAAUAUUAAAACAUUCUUAUAUGAACAGUUGGAAGAUGAAAGGGGUUUGACGGCAUGUCUUAUGAUACAUUCCUGUAAUAAUAACAGGGAAAAGGUAGAAACAUGCGUGGAGACUCUAUGCAAAUAUUUAGAGAACAUUGUGACUCACCCUGAAGAGGAAAAGUAUCAAAAAAUAAGAAUGUCUAACAGAGUAUUCUGUGAACGAGUCCAACCUAUAGAGGGGUCGAUGGAACUAUUGUUGGCAGCCGGAUUUGUUCAGCAAAAACUGCCGAACUCUGAAGGGGUAGAAGAAGAUUUUUUAGUAUUUGUGAAGGAGAAUGUGCCAUCUGUUGAAAGUUUAAUUACUCUAAUCGAAGCGCUACGUUCUGCCGAGCCCAUACAGCUAGAGUUAGAUAGAAAUUUGCAAGUACUGUUGCCGUCACAAGCGGCAAAUAAAGUACAGUUGCCGCCAUCUUUCUACGCUCUCACUCCGGAGGAACUGAAAAGGGAACAACAACUUAGGACCGAAGCAAUAGAGAGAAGUCAAAUGUUACGUACGAAGGCUAUGAGGGAAAAGGACGAAAUGCGGGAAAUGCGAAAAUAUAAGUUCGCAAUUAUUAGAAUACGGUUCCCCGAUGGUAUUCUACUCCAGGGAACAUUUUCGGUUUACGAAAAAUAUAAUGAUAUACACGAAUUUGUACAAGAAAAUCUAGAACAUAGCGGUCUUCCCUUCGUCCUUAACACGCCAACAGGACAUAAGUUGAUUUUAGAGGAAGAUUCUAAUAAAACCCUUAUAGAUCUACGCCUUGUACCGGCCACAGUGCUCACUUUCGCUUGGCACAGUUCUAUCAUAGAAGAUAUAAACAGUAGCCCAAAUAAAGAUGUAUUUUUGAAACCAGAAGUCAUGGUUUUAGUCCAAGAAAUU